CUUUUUGGGCUAAAUUCUUUAAAAUCGCAGCGAUUCAGUGAAAGAUAAGUUGUGUUUUGUGGAAGAUUAGAAAUCUCAUCAAAUCGAAUAACUGGAAUUUGUUCUAUCUUGUAAACUGUAACACCCACAACACCUCAGCUAACCCACGUAGAUCCUCAUGGAUUCCUUUUCCUCGCACACCUUGGAUUUCGCGGAUCUUUCUUCAGUCGGGGUCAUUAAUCCGGGAGUAAUCCCGAAUCCCGUUUCCGCAACACAUUCUUCACGUAUGCCCACCUCUGCAACCGCCGCCACCCAAAACAACAACCCUAAUUCCUCACUUGUACUUUGCUCUAAUAACAUUACGCCGCAUCCCAUUAUUUCCUCACAACCCACACAUCACAGUCUAAAUCCCCCACAAAUUGGCAUCUCUGGUGGCAAUAGUGGUGGUACCCUACUGCAAAACCACCCUCGUCAUCUAACAGCAGACAGCCACCGCGACACAAGUCCGUCAGUUGGCGUUGGCGUUGGGGGUGAAAACUUAAAUAUUCACUCCUCGCUCGCUUCCUCUCUCAUCCCACUUCAGAAUCACUCGAACGACCAUCAGCUGAGCUUCCAGUCGAACUUCAUCCCAGGAGUCUCGUCGUCUUCAGUUGCCCAGUUUUCGGCCGCUUUUUUGCCCCAGUCCAUUUUCGCCCAAGGAGGCCACGGCAUCUCGGCGAUCUCAGACACCAAACAUCAUGGGCAGAACUUCGACUUUACCCCUGGAUCGUUCGCUGGGAUUGUACCUGGAAACAACCAUCUUAACCUGCUGAAAUCGACCGCGCCUCUGUUUAUUUCAACUCCCUCUACCGGACUUGGCUUUGGAAAUGGAGGAACGGGCUGUUCGUCUUUGGAUUCUGCUAAGAUUAAACUUAGUCCGGGUAAUGACUCCAACACGAUAUACUCUUCAAACAACAACGAGAUUUCCUCCGGGUCCCAAAACCAGACUGAAAAUAACCCGGACGACAACUGCACUGCAACUGAAACCGAACAGAGCUCGACAAAAAUAUCAGCCAAUCACAGUCCAGCAGAUGACGUAACAGCACAUGAUGAUGCAAUAGACGAAGAUGAUGAAGAUAAGAAGAAUAAAAGGACGAGAAGGCAGCGGACGCAUUUCACCAGUCAGCAGCUCCAGGAACUGGAGACUCUUUUUGCCAGGAACCGCUACCCAGAUAUGGCAACCAGGGAAGAGAUCUCGGCCUGGACUAACUUACCAGAGGCGAAAGUCAGAAUUUGGUUCAAGAACCGACGAGCUAAGUGGCGAAAGAAGGAGCGAAACCAGCUGCAGGAGUACAAAAAUGCGGCCGCUUUCGGAAUGAACUUCAUGCCCGCACCGUACGACCCCCACGACUUCUACUCCACACAACUCACCGCCGGGUACUACAACAACUGGACCAAAAUGACGGCCGCUGCAGCUUCACCCCUCGCUCCUGGCAAAGCACCCUUCCCCUGGAGUUUCAACCCAAAUCCCGCCGCGGUGGCAUCCGGAACUCCGGCCGCCGCAAUGAUGAACGCCGGAAUGUCCUCUCUUAACCCCUCCCCGCCUUGUCCUUACGGGACGACAUCGGCGGCCGCCGCAACACAAUACAUGUACAGUCGGGACGCAUCGGCGGCAGGGUUGUCGCAGUUCAGACUAAAACACAGUCCUCAGAGCUCAUCUUUAGGCUACGGUGCAGCUUUUAGAGCUCCGAAUACGCUUCAAGGCGCUUGUCACUAUCCAAUGGAUCGGCAGCUGUGACUCAAUACCGGUGCAAAAUGACAAAUGAAACAAAAAGCUAAAGCACAACAAUGGACGAACGUAUUUAGUUUCACUUACAUACAAUCAUCUCAACCUCGACAUGUUUAAACUGAAAUGGAGUUUUCUGCAAAAUAAAGUUGUAAAUAUAUAGAGCAUUGGAGCUUAAGUUUUGCAGAAAACUAUUUUUGUAAUUUUUAUAUUUAA